CCAGCGGUGGCUCCAUUCGAAGGCGACGGCGGUCGUCGGUCUGUGUUUCGGCUCGGAAUUAAAGUCGCGCUCGUGAAGUCAACAACGGACAAAAUACCAGCGCAGACGCACAAAGAUCUCGGGUCGAUAUCGAGACGAACGCAGUCGAGGCGUUUCGGGCUGUAAUCCGGAGGAGGUGCUGCUGAGAUGGUGAUAAAAGACUGAGGGCUUUUCGUACAGGAGCCAUUUUGUCCGUGUGGCAGAACAGACAGAAGGGCAGAAGGAAAGGAACCGAUUAUUAUUAUUACUAUUAUUAUUAUUAUUACACACGUUUAUCCGGACUGUAGAGAUAAAAAAAAAACAACAACAGCGCCAGAAACUGAACUGAACGCGACAUUUACUUCACGCUACACCAAGCUAACCAGGCUAACGUUAGCUUAGCAUCAAGCUAACCAGGCUAACGUUAGCUUAGCAUUAAGCUAACCCGGCUAACGUUAGCUUAGCAUCAAGCUAACCAGCAGCACCCGCCUGAUUGGUGUUGUGUUGUUGUUGUUGAUCCCUGGUCUCCUUUCUGCGUCGUUUUUAUAAAUAAUAUUAAAUAAAUAACUAAAUAAAAGAAGAUGGCGAAGAAGACGUACGACCUGCUGUUUAAGCUCCUCCUGAUCGGAGACUCCGGUGUGGGGAAAACCUGCGUGUUGUUCCGCUUCUCAGACGACGCCUUUAACACCACCUUCAUCUCCACCAUAGGAAUCGAUUUCAAGAUCAAAACAGUUGAACUGCAAGGAAAGAAGAUAAAACUACAGAUAUGGGACACAGCAGGUCAGGAGCGGUUCCACACCAUCACCACCUCCUACUACAGAGGAGCCAUGGGCAUCAUGCUCGUCUACGACAUCAGCAACGCCAAGAGCUUUGAGAACAUCAGCAAGUGGCUCAGGAACAUCGACGAGCAUGCCAAUGAAGAUGUGGAGAGAAUGCUGCUAGGCAACAAGUGUGACAUGGAGGACAAACGGGUCGUACCAAAGGCCAAGGGAGAGCAGAUUGCCAGGGAACAUGGAAUCCGUUUCUUUGAGACGAGUGCGAAAGCCAACAUCAACAUCGAGAAGGCCUUCCUCACGUUAGCAGAAGACAUCCUCAGAAAGACACCUGUAAAAGAGCCCAACAGUGAAAAUGUGGACAUCAGCUCCGGAGGUGGAGUCACAGGCUGGAAAACCAAGUGUUGCAGUUGAACAGUCCGUCACACAAAUUUACAAGCACGUGUCCAUACACACACACACACACACACACGCAGUUUCUUCUCCCACUUACACUUAUUUCCUCCUACUUUGUAUCUAACUCCUUCCUCCUGUUGCACUCUUGCCCCAUCUCACACUCUCUCCCUCUAUCCUUCUAUCAAUCCCCCUCUGUCCCUCCCUCCAUCCUUCUAUCUCUCUCUCUCUCUAAUCGUUUCUACCUUUUUUUUCCCGCUCACAUCGGCUUGCUGACAGUUUUUAUUUCCGAUGACAGAAAAAAAACAGUUGUAUAGAUAAAAAGAGAAAUCAUG